UGCGUCUAGAUGUGGAAUGCAGGGCAGCGAAGCUCGCGCCAAGGCUAAAACGCACUCUUCCAGGGCUGGUCUCCAGUUUUCUGUGGGCCGAGUGCACCGCCUCCUCCGCAAGAGCAACUACGCCAGGCGGGUCCGGGCCGGUGCGCCGGUGUACCUGGAGGCGGUGCUGGAGUACCUGACCGCCAAGAUCCUGGAGUUGGCGGGCAACGCGGCCCGCGACAAGAAGACCCGCGUCAGACCCUGACGCCUGCAGCUCGCCAUCCACGACGAGAAGUUCAACAAGCUGCUGGGCAAAGUUACUAUUGCGCAGGGCGGUGUCCUGCCCAAUAUUCUAUACAAGUGACUGACUAGGCAAACAGGACUAAUGAGAAAAUGUUUAAUAUCGCAAGUAAGUGCUUUAAUGUAGUCGGGAAGAAGCAAGUUCAAUAACGUUUACAAAACCUUGUAAAGUUUAGAUGGACAGGGCCACUCCAGGGUUCAAGUUAUCCUGCAGAAGAGGCUAGUGGGGGUGGUAUCCUGGAAUAUCAUCAAUAGCACCCAGUGAAAAGUAAAUGAUAGAGUCGUUGGAAAACCUAAAAUUAGCCUGUGCUUUAAAAAUUCUCAACCGAAGCAAAACACCAUUUGGGACAAAAUAGAAUUCACUUAAUAUUUGUUGCUCACUGUUGUAUGUCGGUGACUUCUUGGCUCGUGAUUUCCCAGGUACACCACCCAGGAAUCCUGCCUUAUAAUGGUCAAAGGUUUCUACCAGCAGUCCAGGUGACUCAAAGAAACGGCACAAGAUAAACUUCUCAAAACGUGGUCCUCCGAAUCUGGCCCCACAACACAUCUACUGAAUGAGAAUUAGCGUCUUCCAAAGUCUUAAAGUAGUCGUUUACGGACUACAGCUUGAGAAGCGAAGAGUUAGAACUUUAGGAAAUUAACGCUCUUGGAUCGCAGACUAACCGAAAAAAGAGGAUUCAAAAAUGAAGUGAUUCAGCCAAUCAGACUUUCCCAUAAUUCACCAAUCACAUCGUUGGACUCUUCAGCCAAUGGUUUUGUUGCGCGGGACUUUUGAAAAUCAACAAGGCCAAUUAGAAUGUUUCUGAGUAUAUAUAAGGGCAGUCUCCACUCUGCGAAGUGGCUGAGUUUUUCUUUCAGGUAGUCUGAGAUGGCCCGCACCAAGCAGACUGCACGGAAGUCCACCGGUGGCAAAGCGCCGCGCAAGCAGCUUGCCACUAAGGCGGCUCGGAAAAGCGCGCCGGCUACCGGCGGCGUAAAGAAACCUCAUCGCUACCGUCCCGGCACCGUUGCUCUGCGCGAGAUUCGCCGCUACCAGAAGUCGACUGAGCUGCUGAUCCGAAAGUUGCCUUUCCAACGCCUGGUGCGAGAAAUAGCUCAGGACUUCAAGACAGAUCUGCGCUUUCAGAGUUCCGCGGUGAUGGCCCUGCAGGAGGCCUGCGAGGCCUACUUGGUGGGGCUUUUUGAGGACACCAACCUGUGUGCCAUCCAUGCUAAGCGAGUGACUAUCAUGCCCAAGGACAUUCAGCUCGCUCGCCGCAUUCGUGGGGAGAGAGCGUAGAGGUUUCUGGGCAGUAGUUCUAUCCAACUUACAAAGGCUCUUUUAAGAGCCGCUUACUUUCACCCGAAAAUAGCUGUGAUUAACUGAUCGAAUCUUUGAAACUAAACGCUCGUUUUAGUACUUAAGUUCUCAUUUGAUUGGCUAAAGUUAAUGGCUGGAGUGCAAUGGCGCCGAUCUCAGCUCACUGCAACCUCCGCCUCCCAGGUUCAAGUGAUUCUCCUGCCUCAGCCUCCUGAGUAGCUGGGAUUACAGGCAUGUGCCACAAUGUCCAGAUGAAGUGUUUUGACCUGAAGAUUCAUCCAGCAACAAGUGAAUGCAUUUCCUUUUAGAAAUUAAGAAUCUGGACCCUUCUUUGGUGCAGAGCAUACUAGGUCUGUCCCGCAGACACUGGCUGACUGAUGAUGAAAGGAGUACUCACACACAGGCGACGUCAGUCACAUGGAUGUUCAAAGGCCGAAUCCUGGACAACUUCACACCAACAAAUCUGAUCAAGAUUUCACCUUCACACCCUUGCACAUACUCCUCACCCUCUGCUUCAGGGUUACAAAACAGCUGCCUUUAGCUAUUCUUCCCCGAAGCUAUGCAGAGCCUUCUGAACUUUCAGAAGGCCUGCUCCUUUCCUUAUAGUUUUUCUCACCACUCUGACUGAUCUCCUACAUCUUCCCCUUUUCUGUUUUUUGCAUCAGGUUUUGUUGAUUGAAGAAUACAGAUGUGUGCAGUGACAGGCUUGACAGGUGCAGCAGUUACAGCUUGUGUUCCAGCUUUGCAUCCCAGAAGCAGAAGGGAAUGUCACGCACACACGGAUGUUCAAAGGUCAAUUCCAGGAUAACUUCAAACAAGCCUGAUCAAGAUAAUUUCCCCUCGCUCCCCUGCACUUGCUCCUCACCUUCUGCCUCAAGGUAUUUGGUAAACUACAACAUCCCAGCUGACAUUAACUUCCACGAGACUCCUACAAAGACCACAUUAUGCUAUCAAGAGUGGAUUAUUAUAGGCACUAAAUGUACUUUCAACUCAUUUUGAAUACUCAAACUUACCAGCUCUAGACUGGUGGACGUGUUGCUCCAAAUUGAUUGCAUUGUAAGUUGCAAACUUAUUUUUUGGUUCCUAAACAAGAAUGCCCACUUUUCCUGCUGUGUCAAAUUAUCUACUCAGUAAUACAAGGCAAGGCCGAGGUGGGAAAACUUGCUUGAGUUUAAGACCAGCCUGGACAAUGUAGUUAUACACCACCUUUAUAAAGACAAAUAAGCUCUAAAAGCUUAGUGUUUGUCGAAAGCACAGAAUAAACUGUUGAUGUGGGAAAACUUUACCUGUAUUGGCGACACUUCUCCCAUAGAAUACAGCAGCACCCAGCAUUAAAACUCUCAAUUGAAAUCAUUAAGUGGCUCUGAAAAGAGCCUUUGGGUUUGAACAUGCGUCCAUUUACUUGGAGCUGGUGUACUUGGUGACGGCCUUAGUGCCCUCGGACACGGCGUGCUUGGCCAGUUCCCCAGGCAGCAACAGACGCACGGCCGUCUGGAUCUCCCUGGAGGUGAUGGUCGAACGCUUGUUGUAAUGAGCCAGGCGGGAAGCCUCGCCGGCGAUGCGCUCGAAGAUAUCGUUGACAAAGGAAUUCAUGAUCCCCAUGGCUUUGGAGGAGAUGCCGGUGUCGGGGUGGACCUGUUUCAGAACCUUGUAAACGUAAACGGAGUAGCUCUCUUUGCGGCUGCGUUUACGCUUCUUGCCAUCCUUCUUCUGCGCCUUGGCCACCGCCUUCUUGGAGCCCUUCUUCGGAGCGGGAGCGGAUUUAGCUGGAUCAGGCAUUGCAACAAGAUAAACGAAUAAGAAUACACCCCAAAGUGGACGCUCAGCAGCACAGCUGGCCGUUUUUGUAGGUCUUUUAUGCAAAUAGGUGCUUAAUCAUUCUCAAUCCCUGAUUGGACCAAAUCAGCCAAUAAAAAAGUUAAAUUCAA